AUGGAUAAUGAUGUCUGCGGUGUACAGACAGGCACACCGGAUGAUGCUCUGUCUGUCGCACACAGCCCACACACUGAUGAGGGUCAUUACAUGACCAGCCAUGAAUCAUGGAGUGUUAUGAUGGCUGAUGGCCAAUACCCCGGAACCACCCUGGACCAACUGUCGUCAAGUCUUUUCCAGACUGUGCCAGUCUCGCCGCCUCUGACUGAAGCUAGCAAUGAUAUUCCCAUUACUUCUUCAUGUUCACACCAGGGAUUUCCUUCUUUCAUGACCGCAGAUGAUUCCAUUCUGGGAGAGUUCACCUCCACCUCGCCCAUUACCAACCACGGGAUUAACCCAGCGGAGCCCUUGUUCCCAAACACAUCCACUCCUCUCAGUGAGCAGGACCCUAACAGGACCAUCAGACCUUCCAAGCAAUCCCGUCGGACAGCCCUUCCAGGUGCUUCUCAGCCCGAUAUCAAGGUUGAACAGGAUUUCUUCCCUCCUCUGCCCAUGAGAGAGCCAGCUCGCCAAAGAUCCAAGGAUGGAAUUGAAGGCCGCAACCCGCGCGAGCACCACUACUACUCCCUUCCCACUCACAGUGAUGGAAAAUACUACUGCCCCUUUGCCAAUGGAGAGAAGCCAUGCAACCACCCACCCACCACGCAAAAAUGCGCUUACCAGCAAGUUCCCCCUAACACUCACACCUUUAAGAACAAGUACUUGGACUCCCACCUGAAGCCCUACCGCUGUAAGGUCCCAGCCUGCGUGGGUAACCAACUCCGCUUCUCCUCCAACGCAUGCCUCUUCCGCCACGAACGUGAAGCCCACGGACUACAUGGCCAUGGAGAUAACCCCCACCUCUGCCUGUGGGAAGGAUGUGAGCGAUCCGUGCCUGGAUAUGGAUUCCCUCGUAGAUGGAACCUGUACGACCACAUGCGUCGUGUCCACGACUACGUCUCUUCCGAGCGCCACAGCUCCCCAGAGACUUCCCCAUCUGCCCCCAUUCCACCCAAGAAGAAGGAAUCCCCCACUGCCACUGGCCGCAAGCGCAGAAGUGUCACGGGUCCCACCCCGGCCCCAACCAUGAAGCGAACCCGCUCCAUCCACUCUCAGACCGGACCCGUCAAGACUGUUCAGUCCACCGCUCAACAUGGUCAGCGACUUCGCACCGCCGAGCACAACUACUACAAGUGUCGCUCGCGUCUUCUCGAGGAACUAGCCAAGAUCAGUCCCCAGGAUACCUCGAUGCACGAGAAAGUCAACGCCAGUCUCCAGGAACUGUUUACUCUGGGCCUGAACUACCGACAGAUCGAAGCCAGUCAAGUGAUUUCCCAAGUUCCAAAUGGAUUGCCUGCGUGA